GAUACAGCUGACAGCCAUUAAUUGUUCUGUCGUCUGAAGUGAAGCAUAGCACAUUGAAAGAUAUCCGUGUUACUGUGGAUACUUCGUUGUUAUUUGACAAUAACGAUCCAAAACAGGACAGUGUGGAAUUAGAUCUGUUUAUCGUUUGACAAUAUAUUGAGGAAUUUAUAACAAUGUCAUCAGGACUGAAAGUCACAGCAAUGGCAGCACAACCUACGAAGAUGGUUCGACCCAAACAUUGGGAUGAUGCAGUGGAAGAGGCCUAUAGGUUCCAAAAGGCUGGCUGGAGGGAUGCAAUAGAGUAUCAGACAUUGACAGGCAACAAUGCAUCUAUAGACAGAUGGCCCCACAACGGAUACAUUAAGAAGCUGUGCAGAAAAGCUGAUGGAUUUUUCUAUUACUACAACAAGGAACGUGAAUGCCCGGACAACGACAUCCACAGAACAAAACUGUAUGAAUACUAAACAAUAUACCAAGGGAUCUUGGAAGGUGUUUUAUGAAGAGGUUGAUCCUCCUGUGUUUGUAUGUAGGGAACCUGUGUUAGUGUGUCUGUCCUGAUGGUGGUGUCUGGCCUCAAACACAAACAUAUUCUUUAUGCUUGAGUCAUGGAGGAACAUUCGUCAGUAUAUGUGAAAAAAAUCGCUAUUAAAUUGUGGUUAUUUUAAAGAAUUGGGAUAAUUUUGUGUCCCUAUAAGCAGUCCAGUUGUAACUAUGGUGCAUUGCUUUCAUCAGUCAAGAUUGGCGAGAAUACAUUAAACAGUCAUUAUAAUACACAUGUGAAGGAAUGUUGUUUGCAAACAUUAUACAUUUAAAAUAUGGAAGUAUGGUGAUUACGUCUAAUAAAUCUGUUUUCAUUGACUGUUUGUCGCUUGUUACACCGUGAUGUUGUUAGCCCAGCUCAAAUAGCAAACAGACGCAAGGACCCAACUUUUCUAAAUGUAUGUAAUUUGUUUUACUUGCUUGGGACCCUGCAGUGGCUAACAUUAUCACAUUACACAAGUACCAUUGCUUGCCCAUCUUGUGUUGUACUGAGGCCAAACGUGGGAGUACUAUGACAGUUGUUUGUUAUGAUUGACCACAUUACCAAGGCAUUAUGAUGUCAUUUAUCAUUGUACAUAGUAUUUAUAGUAUCACAUCAUACAACUAUUGAAUGUGUUCAAUUCUAAGUAUAGCAUAUUCAUCUUCCUUUACACAUAAGUUUGCACUUAAAUAUAUAGGCUACAAAAAUGUUGUGAUGAUUUUAAAACAUGUGUUAUUUGAGAAUAAAAUUUGACGAAAGGAAA